AUGCAAAUUUCUGUGCAAUUGACAAUCUCCUCCCAUAAUAUGCUUCUCAAACUGAGUAAUGAUAUUUCUAGAAUCAUCCGCAUUGAUUGCACCAGUGUCCAGCACAUGAAGAAGGCAAUCUGGGCUCAGAAACACUGGCAACCAGACCAACAUUUCACCCCAUUCUAUCCACACAUCACCCUCCUCUCCUCAAUCAAUUAA